CUGUUUGUACUACCUGUCAGUAGGAGUUAUUAAAUACAUGUAAAAAACUACAACCAUUUAGAGGGGGCAGGGCCUAACCGCUGAAGCGAGAAGACACUAAUCUGUGCAGCUCCUGCUUCACACCGCGAUUUAAUCUGCUUUCAGCCAUAAAAAAGCGACCCAAUCGGCUCAAAAAGGCCACCAGUCGGAAGGUGACACGGAGAGGCACAGAGUGGUGCCACACAAGCAAACUGUGCAGCGCAACUCAUCCGCUCCUCCUGCAUGGCCUACUCGCAUGAUCGGCGCGAGGGAGAUGGCCGCUCCCCUGCUGCCCUCCACGGCGGACAGACCAAAAAAAGGCCCACGUCCCCCCCCCUCUGGACCGGUGGGGGUCAUCCCGGUCCGGCCUCAGGAGACCCGGGCACAACCUGGCGAAAGCGCUAUGGCAAUCACGGGACCUGAACCAAGCAGUAGUACUGCACAUAAAAUGGCGGAGACAGUGUACUCAACCAGCACUCGAGGCGAGCAGACGGAGGCAGAGAACCGGCUGGACAAAGCUUUUCAAGCCUUCUGGGAAAACCUGGAAGCUCUUCUGUCCCCAACAACCCCGGAGAAAGGGCCUGACACCCUGCCGCGCACUCCCACAAGCUUACCCAAACAGAAGACCACACAGAAACUCCUACCACUAGGCUGCACGGAAAAAUGGAGCUGGCGGGAAAUCACCACGAGGCAGGGGACCAAAGAUACAUCUGGCGGCAACAGGAGCAAGAAGGCAACCCCCUGGUGCCCGACAGUACCUAUGCUGAGGCGCACUAGCCCACUCACCCAUCACCCUGGAGCUCCCAGACACCGGCUGAAGGUGCGAGUUGCCGCAGUGAGAUCCCCCUGUAACCGACCACACGGGAAAGGGAUAUUGCGACAGAGCAGACGGCACCUGAGGGGGCGCCCCACAAACCAAGCACCGCUCUGAUCCAGCCCAUGCCUGCCAGACAGCAACAGCGACGGCGGGACCACACCGGGACACAGACUCUCAUUGAAGUAUCAGGGAAAACCCCGUGGGGACAGAGAGGCCCACCCUACCAAGCCCUUACAAGCUGGGGAAGUCGGCAGCAUCCCCCCUGGGCAUGGGACUAUGCUUACAUCCGGGACAGCAUAGGUUAAGCGGGGCCUGAGGAACUGGAUGGCCAUACCCUAACCUAUUGAGGAGAUAUGGGAAACCGCAUACCAGCUGCACUCAAGAGACUCUAUCCUGCCUCUUAUAUUCCGAUAUAUCGUUGUUGUGUUUUGGUUUUUUUGGUUUUUUUUUUUUUGUCUCUAUGAUUUUUUCCAAGCGAUCCUCAGGGGAAGCAGCUAUGUGUUUAAUUUACUCAUGUUACCAAAAGGGGUUCCAGUGCAUACUCACCGCCCCUCACCUAACAUUACCCAUCCUCUACACACACGCACUGAGGGUUAAGAUACUAUAAUAUAGCACAUAUACUUAGGCUGUGUCCCCUACUUAUGCCUGUCUGCCCACUGCGGACCAAAAUCGCUUACCACUACUAAGCACUUGUCUCCGACCUCCCUGACGUUGCUUCUUACUACUUAACUCGUUGACUCUAAACUGUUACUGCAAAGUACAUCACUAACACUUAGUUUUCUCUUUAAUAUCUUUAAUGCGCUAUGUUGACAUACACCCAAACAACCAGCCUGCAUUAAAGAAAGUACUGUUACCUCUACUAACUGCACAUCUAGUUAAUGCAAUCACUGUGCUCCUAAUGCCUAUAUGUCACACUACAACCAAGAUACACACGCAUAACCUAAAGAGCUACUAGUUGUGUUCUAUGCAUGUCUAGCCUAGCAAGUUAUACUACAAACAUGAUGUCUAAUCGUAUGAUAUUUUCAUGUAAUUUAAAAAAUGUGCCGUCUAAGCUGCCACGCUUUGUAAUGUUAUGGAAAUGCUUGUAGAAGUUGUCGUGGCUCUACACGCUCAAUGUUAAACUAUGCAGAAGAAAAAUAAAAAAUACAA